UGGGGGGCGGGAAGUCGCUGAUACCCCCAAACUCCAUUUGGCCUGUCGCCCGCACUCUCUCCUCCCCAGAUGCCCGACCCCUGGUGUCCUUCCCGCAGUACCCUCCAGGCGCACCGGGAGCCCACCCAUCCGUGGGUGCCCCUCCCCAGUACCCGGCUCCUCCAGGAAUCCGCACCUUGGGCUCCGGGGGUGCGGGGUUCCCGGCCCCCAGCGUGGGGUCAGAGGCUGGGCGGGGCGCGCGGGGCCUUUAAGAGGCGCAGUGGCACGGACCAGGCUGACGCGGGCAUCUCCAGGACUCGCCACCCGCAGCGCUCGGGUUCCUCUCUCGACCGUGCCGCAGCGAUGGAUGGAGAUGGUGAUCCAGAGAAUGGGAGCCACCCCGAAGAGGUGAGCCCAGAGGAGCAGCCAGAGGAGGCGGGAGCCGAGGCGAGUGCAGAGGAGGAGCAGCCCCGGGAGGAGGAGGAGGAAGAGGCCGAGGCGGUCGAGUACCUGGCCCAGUUGCCGGAGCCGCUGCUGCUGCGCGUGCUGGCCGAGCUGCCAGCCUCGGAGCUGGUGCAGGCCUGCCGCCUGGUGUGCCUGCGCUGGAAGGAGCUGGUGGACGGCGCCCCACUGUGGCUGCUCAAGUGCCAGCAGGAGGGGCUGGUGCCCGAGGGCUGCGCAGAUGAUGAGCGGGACCACUGGCAACAGUUCUACUUUCUGAGCAAGAGGAGGCGCAACCUGCUGCGUAACCCGUGCGGGGAAGAGGACUUGGAAGGCUGGUGUGACGUGGAGCACGGUGGGGACGGCUGGAGGGUGGAGGAACUGCCCGGAGACAGUGGGGUGGAAUUUACCCAAGAUGACAGCGUUAAGAAGUACUUCGCCUCCUCCUUCGAGUGGUGUCGCAAAGCGCAGGUCAUUGAUCUGCAGGCUGAGGGCUACUGGGAGGAGCUGCUGGACACCACCCAGCCCGCCAUCGUGGUGAAGGACUGGUAUUCGGGCCGCACGGAUGCCGGCAGCCUGUACGAGCUCACCGUGAGGCUGCUGUCGGAGCACGAAGAUGUGCUGGCGGAGUUCAACACCGGGCAGGUGGCAGUGCCGGAGGACGGCGGCUGGAUAGAGAUCUCCCACACCUUCACCGACUACGGGCCAGGCGUCCGCUUUGUCCGCUUCGAGCACGGAGGGCAGGAUUCGGUCUACUGGAAGGGCUGGUUCGGGGCCCGGGUGACCAACAGUAGCGUGUGGGUGGAACCCUGAGCGACCCCCACCCCCAGCCGCCCUCUAGGGGCAGAAGCCUGGGGUAGAAAGGCCUUAAUUUAGUUGGUAGCAUCCUCACCUGCCUCGUCCACGCCUUGCACCUGCCUCUCCCCCGCCCCUUCCUCCAGUCUGGUCCCUGCGGGAGAGAAGGAUUUGUUGCUUUAUUGUGGGAUGGCUUCCAUUUGCAUUUCCACGGCAGUCGCUUCUAGAAUGUACGAUCCGAGGGGGGUAUGGGGCUGCUGCAGGAUCCCGAGCAUCUAGCAUUGUGCCUGCCUCAAAGUGGGCACGCAAUAAAUAUUUGUCCAAAGAAGGAGAUAAUGGAAGUGUAGAUGAA